UCAUUUCACACUAUUAGUUUGCUUCAAACUCUUCAGGAAGAAAAUAUAAUAAUAUGACGAUCUUUAACUGGGUGCAGAAGAAGCUGCACCAAAAUGUCAUCAGAGAAAUAGAUGGUGUGGCGAAAAGCGAGAAAAAGAAGAGAGGUGAAGGAACAAGUGAGAUAGAGAAGAACACGAAAGCUAUACUGGAUCAGGUUGGGUUAGUGGAUGCUCUUGAUAACUGGUUCGAUGGAGUUCUCACCAUCGGCACAUUCGGUUUUGACACUUUGAAAUUUCAAGAAGAAGCCGAAAUAGAUGAUGGUGAUGAAUGCGAGAGUGUGGGUUUGGACUAUGUCGUAGUCGAUGGUAGCAUCAUCAAGAACGUCAACCAAGAGUCGGACCCUCUUAUCUCCAAUGAGAAUAAGGUUUAUGAUCAUCAUGAGGAUUUAGAGGCGUUAUGCAUUAAUCACUUUGAGUCGGUCAAAACGGUUGAAAGGCCGGUGAUCGUGGCCGCGGCGGAGGCCGAGGUGGAGCCGGAGAAGAAGAGGACAACACUAGCCGAGCUUUUCAUGGAAGACCGAGUAAAAGACGAUGAUACGAAGCAUGACAAGAAGAAACCAAAGAACCGUAAUCUUGAUGUUGAUGGCCAGGAGGUGAAAUAUCAUAAACAAAACGGGUCAAAGCUGUCUAGUAAGUUCUCGUUUGCUAAGAAGAUGAUCAUUUCAAAGCCCAAAGAUAAAGAAGACUCGCGUCCAAUCAAGAAAGAGCAUGACUCGCGUCCAAUCAAGAAAGUGCAUCAGAUGAUAAAGAGGAUGCUAAAGAAGAAGAUUCAUCCAGAUAUGGAUGCGACUAAGGCUUCUAAAAAGGACGGUCCAUACAAGCCAGCCCUGAAAUGUGAAGCUCUCGAGACACUUUAUCUUCUUAAUGUUCCAGAUUGCGUGGCUUAGAAGUCUCACGACGUCGUACGAGAGCAAUUACUGGACGUAUGAUUUUCAUAUUAUUUGUGAUUUCUGUUUUCUUUUGUUUUUUUGAGGGUGUUCGUAUCGUUAAGAAUUAUUUCUUGUCUUUCACAAACCAUUACGGAGUUGUUACUGUUUAAUUUUGUUUUACGCAUAUUUUAUUUUAUUAUUAUGUGACUACGUGUUUUAUUCUUCAUGCAUCGUUCUACAA